AUGGAAGCUGGGUUCAAAUCUACAUUGAUUCACCGGGUGAUGCAGCCACCAGGGGAUAAAUGCGAUUUGAUCGAGGACUUUACUCAUCAUGUGUCUAUUGAUGACUGUCUUUUCGAAGAAGAAAUCGCCUGUUUGGGAUUUGAUGAUGAUGAUAAAACCCGAACAGAUCUAACAGUACUCAAUUCAGUUCUCUUUGACGAGGACGCAUCGGACCAGUACCUAAUACUCGAUUCAGUUCCCUUUGACGAGAACGCAUUGGACCAGUACUACUACACUAUGCCGAUGACCAGGAACCAACAGAAAAGGCUCACCGACUCUGGACCGCUGGAUAUAUCACAUUCGGUGGAUAUGAACCCCGAUCCUCCUUCCCCAAUCCUGUCUAUCGCAGAAAACAAUGUGGGUAAGCAGUUUUCUUCCCGUUCCCCAUUGUUUGGCAUGGCUAUUAAUGUAGACAAGGCAGGUAGUGAGAUCUCAAAUAAUUGGUCGUCGGUCAGUAGCAUUAGUAGGCUGCGACAGAUAGAAGCCGAGGAAAUAGAGCUGGAGAUGCAGAGACUGAAAUUAAGGCAGCGGCAACUGUCCUUAGAAAGACGACUAGCAUUAGGCAGCCAGCAAGCUAGUGACGAAGAAGCCGAAGCACACGUCCAAGCCGAGGUCACACAGAAAAACCAUUUGGACUCCGUCAAAACGUGCCUGGAAAGCCAUCAAGCAACCGCUCCAGUCGAUGGGAAUCAGAACCUUUUCCCAAAGGUAAUAACACAUCGCCAACUCAGGCUACCGGAUGUCGAGAUUGCUAAGUUUGAUGGAACCCCGAAACGUUUAUGGAGGUUCCUUAGUAGCUUCAAGGCAGACAUAGCUAGCCACUCGCUCAACGAUAGAGAGCGACUAUGUUAUUUGAUUCAUUUUUGUGUCGGUGAAGCCAGGGAAGCUAUUGAGGAUUGUGUGUUGUUGACCGCGUCAGAAGGAUACUCGCGGGCGAUGCAUAUUUUGGAAACCCAGUUCGGAUGCCCGGAUGAUGUCGCUGAGGGUCUCCUGGAUGAAUUGUGCAAUGGGAGUAGACUCAGAGCAAGUGACGUCAAUGGUCUACGAAAACUUGUACGGCAGGUGGUCGCCAGCGAGAUUUCCCUAGCAGAAAUGGGUUACGAGUCAAUCCUCAACUGCCCGACUNACCUUCACUUAUUGUUACGGUCAAGGAGUGACUUCUACGAUCAUAUCUCCGUGGAAACGGGAGGAAGAUGUGCAACGCGUGCACGGACCGAGGAGAAGAAUAAACGCGAUAGCUAG